UCGCCGCCGCAGUUCUGCAGUCCGCCGCUGCCGCGGCUCGCGCACGCUCCAACCGCCGCAGUAGCCGGGGCUCGGCGGGGCGGGGCCGAGAGGCUGCAGGGGCUGGGCGCGGAGGUGCCUGUCCGCCGGCAGCCGGGAUGCUGCCGCUGCCGCCUGCGAAGAGGGAGCGGGCGCCUAGAGGCGGGAGCGGUCCCCGAGCCCCGCGGCAGCGCUAGGGGACCCUUCCCGCUCAAGCCGUCGCCUGCUCGGCUCCGCGAGCCCUCCGCCGGGCGGUGGGAGCGGCAGGAGCGGAGCGCAGCCCUCGCCCCCGUCCCGCCGCCGCUCCAUGGGAGGAGCCCACCGCCGCCCUGCGGGAAGCGCGGCCGCCGCGCGCCGGGAUUGAGGGGUGCGGGCGGCUCUGAGACGGCGGGAGGAUGCCCCUGUUCCGGAAGGUGCUGCGCGUCUCCAAUCGCUCCAUGCUCGCGUUCAUCUUCUUCUUCUCCUUCUCCUCCUCCUGCCUCUACUUCAUCUACGUGGCCCCUGGCAUAGCAAAUACGUAUCUCUUCAUGGUGCAAGCUCGUGGUAUAAUGCUGAGGGAAAAUGUAAAAACAAUAGGACACAUGAUCAGAUUGUAUACGAACAAAAAUACAACACUGAAUGGAACAGAUUAUCCUGAAGGAAACAAUUCUAGUGACUGUGUUGCUCAAACAACAAUGUAUCUUCCAGAAAACUUCACUUACUCUCCUUACCAGGCUUGUCCAGAGAAACUGCCUUACAUGAGAGGCCUUAUUGAUGUAAAUAUGAGUGAAAUUAGUUUUGAUGAAAUUCAGCAACUAUUUUCAAAAGACUUAGACAUCAAACCAGGAGGACACUGGAAGCCCAAAGACUGUAAGCCACGAUGGAAGGUGGCGAUCAUCAUUCCUUUCCGUAAUCGUCACGAGCAUCUUCCCAUUUUCUUCCGGCACCUGAUACCGAUGUUGCAGAAGCAGCGGCUGGAAUUCGCCUUCUAUGUUGUUGAACAGACAGGUACACAACCUUUUAAUCGUGCAAUGCUCUUUAACGUUGGCUUCAAGGAGGCUAUGAAGGAUGUUGUCUGGGACUGCAUAAUAUUUCAUGAUGUGGAUCACUUACCUGAAAAUGACCGCAAUUAUUACGGAUGUGGAGAAAUGCCACGUCAUUUUGCAGCAAAGCUGGACAAAUACAUGUACAUACUUCCAUACAAUGAGUUCUUUGGUGGUGUAAGUGGCCUGACAGUGGAACAAUUCAAGAAGAUUAAUGGAUUUCCAAAUGCCUUCUGGGGAUGGGGUGGAGAAGAUGAUGAUCUUUGGAACAGGGUUCACUAUGCUGGAUACAAUGUAACAAGACCAGAGGGAGAUUUAGGGAAAUACAAAUCCAUUCCUCAUCAUCACAGAGGUGAAGUCCAGUUUUUAGGAAGAUAUAAACUUCUGAGGUAUUCCAGAGAACGUCAGUAUAUUGAUGGGUUGAACAAUUUAGUAUACACUCCUAAAAUACUUGUCAGUAGAUUGUAUAAAAAUGUAACUGUUAAUCUUAUGCCAGAACUUGCUCCUAUUAGAGACUAUUGAUGGAAAUGGUGUGGCAAGCUAUCCUAGUGGAGUAAACUUUUAAUGCACUGGAAGGUAUUAAUAGACACUGAAGACACUGUAAAACAAAAAACACAACAUCUUAGAAUUAGGGGUUUUUGUCCUUUUGAUGAUGCAUAUUUGGGAUGAGAAGUAAAGUGAUUGUAUUCGCCAUGCAUUCUGUUCAGAAAGAAAAGCCAGCAGCUACCACUCAGAUGUUUACAGCAUGAGACUACUGUUCAAGCCUUUGUUCUCCAUAUUCUCUAUCUUAACCACUCAGCUAAAUAAACUGCAGAAAACAGACUUGCUAGCUUCACUGGAAGUAGAGACAUUCUUCUUCCAGGACUUCUUUUAUACUAAAUUGCUCCCACUCUGCCCUCCUGUAUUUAAAUGAAUGCUUUUGUUCCUUUUUAAAAUGUGUUUUGUAAAUAUGUGAUGUAAAUUAAUGUGUGUACAUUGCUUUUAAAUUGCUCAAUAUUUUAUGCUCCAGUAUGUAUUUGAGUGUGUUCUUGUUUGAAUUCUAUAGGAAUGUUUUUAUUAGCAUGAAAGAACAAGUGUGAAAUGUAAGUAUCCUUAAAAAAGGUUAUACCUUAUGUGAAAUGAAGGAAAUAUUAAUUGUUGGCCAGCUAUGACUGUAAACUGUUAUACUAGUUUUGAGCUCUAGGCCUCCUGCAUAUCUAUAUAGAAGAAUCAAUUUCAUAUAUGAACUUUCUCAAAAGAAAGCUUUUAAUUUUAUUUAUUGCCAGCAAAAUUAUACCCUGCCUGCCAUCUAAAUCAUAUUUAUAUGCCUAUUGCAUGCGUAUUAUGGAAAAUCUUGCAGUUGUUACAUUCUAUGAUCUACAGGAACUCUUAAAUGUUUCCACGUGUGCCACUAGUGUCAAUGUCAGGGAUUUUAAUGCUAAAACAAUGUGUCUGGGUGCAUACAGUAUUUUGGUAUUGUCUUUUUUUUUUUUUUUUUUUUU